AUGAUAAACGUCCUGAACGUGGCAGAGAAGCCGUCUGUGGCGAAAUCGGUGGCAACCAUACUGUCACGGAAUCAGCUUCGAGUGAGAGACGGACGGUCCCGGUACAACAGAAUAUUCGAGUUCAAUUACUCGAUUGGCGGCCAACAAUGCCACAUGCUUGUCACUUCCGUCACCGGUCAUCUCAUGGAGCUCGAAUUCGAAGAUAGAUUUCGAAAGUGGCAUUCUUGUGACCCCGCCGAUCUCUACACGGCUCCCGUUCGCAAAUUCGUCCCUGAGGAUAAGUUGGAUAUAAGAAGGACAUUGGAGGAGGAAGCAAGGAGGUGUCAAUGGCUUGUGUUGUGGCUAGAUUGUGAUAGAGAAGGGGAAAACAUUGCAUUUGAAGUUGUGGAAGUUUGUAGAGCUGUAAAUCGAAAUCUUACGAUAAGGAGGGCUCGGUUUUCUGCUUUAAUUGAAAGGGAUAUUCAUGAAGCAGUUCAGAAUCUUGUUGCUCCUAAUCAGUGGUUUUCGGAUGCAGUGGACGCUAGGCAAGAAAUUGAUCUCCGAAUUGGUGCUUCUUUCACUAGGUUUCAAACGAUGUUGUUGAGAGAUAGGUUUGUUAUUGAUUCCGCUCAAGAUGAUAGAAAUCUUAUUCUAAGUUAUGGGCCUUGUCAGUUCCCUACACUUGGGUUUGUUGUGGAACGUUACUGGGAGAUACAAUCACAUGAGCCCGAAGAUUUUUGGACUAUCAAUUGUUCUCAUAGAUCGGACGAAGGCCUUGCUACUUUCAGUUGGAUGCGUGGACAUCUUUUUGAUUAUAUCUCAUCUGUUAUACUUUAUGAAAUGUGUGUUGAGGAACCAACUGCAACAGUGACAAAGGUCCAGCAGCAGGAGAAGCUGAAGUAUCCCCCAUAUCCUUUGAGUACGAUUGAGCUUGAAAAACGUGCUUCACGGUACUUUCGGAUGAGUUCUGAACAAACCAUGAAGGUGGCAGAAGACCUAUACCAAGCUGGUUUCAUUAGUUAUCCUCGUACAGAGACUGACUGCUUCUCUUCCAGGACUGAUUUGCAUACAAUCGUGCAAGAACAACGAGAGCAUCCUGUCUGGGGAUCAUAUGCACAAAGAUUGUUAGAUCCUGGAGCAGGACUUUGGAGGAACCCUAGUAGUGGUGGGCAUGAUGACAAGGCCCAUCCACCCAUCCAUCCAACAAAAUUUUCCGCUGGAGAAUCCCGGUGGAGUCAAGAUCACCAUAAAUUGUAUGAGCUGGUUGUUCGGCAUUUUCUGGCUUGUGUUUCACAGCCAGCUGUUGGGGCUGAAACUAUAGUUGAAAUUGAUAUUGCUGGUGAAAUGUUUUCUGCAUCAGGGAGAGUGAUAUUAGCUUUCAUUCCGACAACAUUGACUCUGGACUCUGGAGUCACUAGACCCCCACCUCUUUUAAGUGAAGCUGAUUUGUUGAGUUGUAUGGACAAGGCGGGCAUUGGUACAGACGCAACAAUGCACGAUCACAUAAAAAAGCUGCUCGAUCGAUUCUAUGCCACAAAGGAUGCAAACACUCGCUUUUCACCAACUAAUCUUGGUGAGGCACUAGUUAUGGGAUAUGAUGACAUAGGGUAUGAACUAUGGAAACCAAAUCUGAGAUCGCUGAUGGAGUAUGACAUGAAAGAAGUCAGCAUGGGCAAUAAAAGUAAAGCAGAAGUUUUGGCAACUUGCUUGCAGCAGAUGAAAGCUUGCUUCUUAGAUCUUGUUUCUGAAAAAGAUGACUCAAAUGUCUCUCUGACAUAUAUACUUCCAAUGCCAAUUCUCACAAUUCAUAACUGA